AUGGCUCCGGUUAAGGUGUUGCUCAUUGGAGCAACCGGAGAGACCGGCCGAUCGAUUGCGAACGGUCUUCUCGAAGCUGGCGGAUUCGAAGUCUACGCGUUCACCCGCGCGGCCUCCGUCGCCAAACCCCAACUCGCCGAACUCGAAAAGAAAGGCGUCAUAAUCCGGCAAUGCGACCUAACAGCACCAGAGGACGAACUCGCCGAAGCACUGAAAGGAAUCGAUAUUGUCGUCAGCAGUGUCGGCCCGUCAGAUCAACACAUUCAGAUCAAUAUCGCGACGGCGGCCAAGGCUGCUGGUGUCAAGCGUUUUAUUCCCUGUGGCUUCAUCACGGUUUGUGCGCCGGGGGGGAUUAUGUGGUUGCGCGAUGAGAAAGAAAAAGUAUACAACCACGUCAAGCAAAUCAAACUCCCCUACACCAUCAUCGACAUCGGCUGGUGGUACCAAAUCGCAACUCCGCGCCUCCCCUCCGGCAAAAUUGACUAUGCCAUGACCACCUCCAAUGACGAGCUGAUCGGCGACGGCCAGACGCCCAGCGCAUUUACCGAUUUGCGAGAUAUCGGAAAAUACGUUGCCAAGAUCAUCGUUGACCCCAGGACAGAGAACAAAAUGGUUUUCGCGUACAAUACUGUGACGACGCCGGCGGGGAUUUUCGAUACAGUUGAAAAGUUGAGUGGUGAGAAAGUUGAGCGGAAAUUCAUCACGGAAGAAGAAGUCCACGCCCGCGUCGCCGAGGCCCGCGCCUCAAGCGAAACAUACCCUUUCGAACCGACGAAAUUCACUCCUCGCUUCGCGGCUGAGUACCAACUUUCAUGGGGUAUCCGAGGCGACAAUGUGCCGGAAUACGCAAAGUAUUUGGGUUAUUUAGAUGCGAAGGAGCUGUAUCCGGAUUUCAAGCCGAUUUCAUUUGAGGAGUUCGUACAGGAGUUGUUGGGUGGGGUUGCGACGGGGGUGUAUACGGAUCGGAUUUCGAGGAUUUAUUAG